UACCACUGCUAGGAAGCAAGCCUCACUUCUUCGUCUGACCACCACUGAUCAUUAGCGUAGGCAGCACCGGGAAGCAACCUCUCUGCUCAGGCUAGCAUGGGGAAGGUGUGCUGCAGCAGCGAGUCGGAGGAGGAGGCGGGCUUCAGCUUCCUGGGGCUCCUCGUCGCGGCCGUCAUCGCCUUGGUGUUCAUGCUCCUCUGUACCCCGCCGAAGCGGCGCUGCGUCACCAUCUACCCGUGCUGUUGAGGCUGAGGAGUCUCCAAGGAUCUCUGGUUGCUGGGAGGAACGUUCUGUUGUUCAUGGGAGGGAGCAGGCCAGGCAAUGGUCCCUGGUUUUCUUCGGUUCAGAAAAUAAUUUCUACUACUGAAUUGUAGGACUCGUCGAAACUGUAAGCCAUGUUUAUCGGUAUAUUAGGCUGUCCAUCUCUAUCUGUACCAUGAACUGAUACAUCUGGGGAAAAUAGAUAUCAUCAGACUUGUUAUGUUGUUUUCA